ACGUCAUCACGGAGCCGGCCACAGCGUAGCUACGGAAAGCGUGUUAGACCAAAAAUCUUGUAAACCUUCCUAUAUCGGCGAUAGACAUUUAUCACCAAUUUAAGAGAGAAAUCAGCCGUGAAUCAUUAAAAAAAAUCUGAAAUAAAACAAAAAGAGGAAGAUUUGUCGAUGAGUGGAGAGUCCGUCCGUGUUGGACAGCUAGAUGAUCGGUGGGAGGCAGCGGAAGAUAACGGUUCAGGUGGCCGCUUCAAGGAGACAGACCGCUGCGAUGCUACGUAGGCAUCUGGAAGAAAAGGGCUUUUAGUGGAGGCAGUUUUCUGGAGUCACUGCUACUCCGUUUAGCCGUUUUUAGGUUUUCUAUUUUAGCCUCUGGAUUUUAACUAAUUUACUUUUUACACCAAAAUUGUUUAGCAAACUAAGGAUUUAAACGGAGUUUUGUGGAAUGGCAGGUCGAAGUAGGAGAGCGUGGUUCAGUGUUCUGUUGGGUCUGGUUGUCGGCUUCACCCUGGCUUCCAGGCUCAUUUUACCCAAAGCCACCGAGCUAAAGCGAGCCGGACAGAAGCGGAAAGUCAACCCUGCAGCCUGUGGGCUGAACGGGGCUCUGAGAAAGGAGCACGGCGGGGCUCCAUGGGCGCCACAAGGGAACGGUUCACCGACCGACAAGCCAGGCUCCGGGAGCAACAAUUUCCUGUUCGUCGGUGUGAUGACGGCCCAGAAGUACCUAAAGAACCGAGCCGUGGCAGCACACAAAACAUGGGCACAAACUAUUCCCGGUCGUGUGGAGUUCUUCUCCAGUGAGGGCUCUGAUACCUCCAUACCUAUUCCCAUUGUGGCUCUGAAGAAUGUGGACGACUCAUACCCGCCUCAGAAGAAGUCCUUCAUGAUGCUGAAGUACAUGCAUGACCACUACCUGGACAAGUACGAGUGGUUCAUGAGGGCCGAUGACGAUGUCUACAUCAAGAGCGAGAAGCUAGAGAGCUUCCUUCGAAGCCUGAACAGCAGCGAGGCCAUCUUUCUGGGCCAGACGGGAAUGGGGGCCCGUGAUGAACUGGGAAAACUGGCUCUGGAGCCCGGGGAGAAUUUCUGCAUGGGGGGUCCUGGUGUCAUCAUGAGCCGGGAGGUCCUGAAGAGGAUGGUACCCCACAUCCGGGAGUGUCUGCAGGAGAUGUACACCACCCAUGAAGACGUAGAGGUGGGCCGGUGUGUGAGGAGAUUUGCCAGGGUCCAGUGUGUCUGGUCCUACGAGAUGCAGCAACUCUUUUACGAGAACUAUGAACCCAACAAGAAGGGCUACAUCCGAGAACUGCACAACAGCAAGAUCCAUCGGGCCAUCACCCUCCACCCCAACAAGAACCCCCCCUACCAGUAUCGCUUACACAGCUACAUGCUCAGCCGCAAGAUUGCAGACCUACGCCACCGAACCAUCCAGCUCCACAGGGAGAUAGUCCAGAUGGGACGCUACGGUGCGGCCGAGCCCAGCCGAGAGGACCUGCAGCUCGGCAUGCCUCCUUCAUUCAUGCGUUUUCAUCCUCAUCAGAGGGAGGAUGUCCUCGAGUGGGAGUUUCUGACAGGAAAGUACCUGUUUUCAUCGUCCGACAGUCAGCCGCCACGCCGUGGGAUGGACUCCUCUCAGAGGCAGGCCUUGGAUGACAUCAUCAUGCAGGUGAUGGAGAUGAUCAACGCCAACGCCAAGACGCGGGGCCGUGUUAUCGAUUUUAAGGAAAUCCAGUAUGGCUAUCGAAGGUUGAACCCAUUAUAUGGGGCAGAGUAUGUUCUGGAUCUGCUGCUGCUCUACAAGAAGCACAAAGGAAAGACCAUGACAGUUCCUGUGAGGAGACACGCUUACCUUCAGCAGACUUUCAGCCAGAUCCAGUUCAGAGAGGAGGAGGAGAUGGAUGCCAGGGCUUUAGCUAGCCACAUCAACAAGGAGUCCGACUCCCUGUCGUUCCUGUCCAACUCCCUGAAGAUGCUGGUUCCCUUUAAGCUAGCCACUUCUGGACAAGACCAGAGGGAACCGAAGGAAGACAAGGUCAACAUUCUGGUUCCUCUGUCGGGGCGGUAUGACAUCUUCGUUCGCUUUAUGUCGAACUUUGAAAAGGUUUGUUUGAUCCCCAACCUGAACGUGAAACUAUUGAUCCUGCUGUUCAGCACCGACAACAACACUGAGCGGGUCAAACAGGUGGAGCUGAUGAGGGAGUACCACCUGAAGUAUCCUCGGGCUGAGAUGGAGAUCAAACCUGUAGCCGGUUCCUUCUCCAGAGCUCUGGCUCUGGAAGUGGGUUCCUUACACUUCUCCAAUGAUUCCCUGCUGUUCUACUGCGACGUGGACCUGCUGUUCUCCAGUGACUUUCUGAAGCGCUGCCGGACCAACGCCGCCUUGGGAAGGCAGGCCUACUUCCCCAUCAUUUUCAGCCAGUAUGAUCCUAAAGUGGUGUACACAGGGAAGGUUCCAAGCAACAACCAUUAUGUCUUCACCUCAAAAACGGGUCUUUGGAGGACCUACGGCUUCGGCAUUGUCUGCGUCUACAAGGGAGACCUGGUCCGAACCGGGGGCUUUGAUACCUCCAUCCAGGGCUGGGGCCUGGAGGACGUUGACCUUUACAAUAAGUUCGUCCAGUCAGGGGUCAGGCUGUUCAGGAGUUCGGACACAGGGAUAGUGCACGUCCACCACCCGGUUCUUUGUGACCCGAACCUGGAGGCGAAGCAGUACAAGAUGUGCCUGGGCUCCAAAGCUUCGUCUUACGGUUCCACCCAGCAGCUGGCAGAACUCUGGCUGGAGAAGAACGACCACAGCUUCAGGAGGCUGGCCACCAACAACGGCUCAGUCAGGACAGCCUGAGACGCCUCGUCUUCACUUCCUUUUUAACCAAACAUUUUACCGUUUAUUUAUUUUUCACUGAAGAUGUCAAACUGUUGUUUCUAAACAUUUAGUUUUAAAACCAUUCGGAAAUGUUGAUGAGCUGACGGAGAGCCUGAGCUUCAGAUGGACAGACACUCGGGCUUCUUCGGAUGGUUAAAUGUUGGACAGAUGGACACUGUGGUGGUGGGGCGUUAUUUUAAGCAGAGUGUCUCCUUAAAUUCAUUGGCAGUAAAUUACAUUUUCUGUAAAAUUUUACUCUUUGUCACCCACUUCGAAAUCCACGUUACAACAAAUGCCAGGCUAAUUAUGACACCAACAGACUAUUUGG